AUGGUUGGACCUCUGUUGCCAUCCUGUAAAUCCAUUGUUUUUAAAUUGCUUGUUAUACGCGGUAACAUUGUAACCACUUGCCAUAAGAGUCUAAUCGUUAACGUUUCUUUACAUUUUGAAUUCCAGAAUAAGCAGAUGGCAGCUGAGCUCGUCCAUUCUGCAACCAGUGAUAAACUGGCUGAAGUAGAUUGGACAAAAAAUAUUGAAAUCUGUGAAUUAGUUGCACGUGAUGAAAGGUAUAACAUGUUGUCUGCAGAUGUUUCAGUUAGUGCAAAUGCUUUGUUCAUGACACUGCAUAGGCAAGCUAGAGACAUAGUUAAAGCUAUUAAAAAACGUUUGGGGAGUAAGAAUGCCAAUACUCAAUUAUAUGCAGUGAUGUUGUUGGAGAUGCUGAUGAACAAUAUUGGGGAAAAAGUUCAUAGACAGGUGAUUGAUACAGGGAUUCUGCCCAUUCUUGUCAAGAUAGUGAAGAAAAAGACAGAGUUGCCCGUACGAGAAAGGAUAUUUCUUCUUCUAGAUGCCACACAGACGUCUCUUGGUGGUGCAUCUGGAAAGUUCCCUCAGUACUAUUCUGCAUAUUAUGAUUUGGUGAGUGCCGGAGUGCAAUUUGCUCAGAGGCCUCGUGAAAGACCAUCAAAUCACCAGGCUGCCCAAGAAAAUAAUAAAAUUACCCUUAAUGGGGAACUUGCUGCCUCUAGACGUGAAGCGGUUGCUCAGCCAGCACCAGUGGAGCCUGAAGUUGUCCCUGAAUCCAGUAUUAUUCAGAAGGCUAGUAAUGCUCUGGAGGUUUUGAAAGAAGUCCUUGAUGCAGUUGAUUCUCAAAAUCCCGAGGGAGCGAAGGAUGAGUUUACUCUUGAUCUCGUGGAACAAUGUUCAUUCCAAAAGCAGAGAGUAAUGCAUCUUGUGAUGACUUCUAGGGAUGAAAAGUUGGUCUCCCGAGCUAUUGAAUUGAAUGAGCAGCUACAGAAAGUUCUGGCAAGACAUGAUGCCCUUCUUUCUGGGAGGUCUACAGUUCCAUAUAGGACUCGCAUCUCUCAUAGAACUACAACCACCACAAAUCAUUUUAAUCAUGAAGAAUCAGAGGAAGAGGAGCCUGAACAGCUUUUCCGAAGGUUACGAAAAGGCAAGGCUUGUGCAAGACCUGAAGAUGAAGGCAACUCAGAAGAGCAUCACCCUUUGCCUUUGGGCUUGCUUGGAUCAACCAUUCCAGGAGAAAGGCUGAACCGUCCACUUAUACGGCCACUUCCACACGAACCCAGUGCAAAUCCUGCACCUGUUGUAAUUCCACCUCCACCUGCAAAGCACAUGGAAAGGGAGAAAUUCUUUCAGGAAAAGAAGGCUGAUGGUUCUGCUUUGUCUGGCCAUAUGAGGGAUCUUUCAUUAGACAGUCACAAUGCCAGCAGUUCCCGCAGCGGGAGCAUAGAUUUUAGUAUUAGUGGGUAUAGAAAGGUUACAGAUGCAGAACUUGUCAUGCUGUUCUCAUUUGAGUACGCAUUUAUUGAAGUUUUUACUUUGUUUCUGAAGAAUUCUGCCUUAAGCUUUGCACUUUUAAGCAAGCUGGGACUCUUUUUUCUGUCUUGGAAGGGGUUUGGCCAAAAAAUGAAAGAAGCCAUUGUCUUGUAUCCAGCAGGCAGUUCCCAUCAGAUGAUCUCUAUGGUGGAGUUAGCUAAGCUGAUCCUGCUACACCUUCCCAACAUCUCCAUAACAAUCUUAGUAGGGAUAACAAGAGGCAAUUCUGAGCCACCAAUCAAGCAGAAGCUAAAUGGUGUGGUUUUGGCAGAGGAAAUGAAGCUGACACCAAUGCCCAUUUUAACAGAAGAUGGAAAGGAAGGAUUGGUGAGCUCAGAGGAGGUGGAGAGAAAGGUGAGAGAGUUGAUUGGAUUGGAAGGGAAACGAUUCAGAGAGCGAAGUUCGGAGAUGAAAACGAUGGCUACGGCUGCUUGGACUAACGAUAAUCAGAUGAUGAUGAAUUGUGGAGCAAUGACUGCUACUACCCCUUCUUCUACGUCUUGGUCUGCUUCACACAACUCCAAACUCCCCAUGUUGUUGCCUAGGGCUAAUUGUACCACUCGAAGGAUGUGUUGUGUCUCUGGUGUUCAUGUAGACGCUUGUGUUAGUUCUAAUGUCUCAAGAAAUUAUGUAGUAGCUAAAGAUUCAUUGGGUUGGUCUGGAACAUCACCUUCUUUAUAUUCUAAGCAGCCAAUCAACAGAUUUUCGUUGCCUUUGAGAGCAUUAGUGACGUCUACGCCUCAAGACGUUCCAACUGCAUCUCUUAUCGGUGAUGAAAAGGUAGGAGUUUUGUUGCUUAAUCUUGGUGGUCCAGAGACUCUUGAAGAUGUGCAGCCUUUCCUUUUUAAUCUGUUCGCUGACCCGGCUGAAGAAUUGAGGAAAUCCUUGUGGGAAAAGCAAGUCCCAGCAAAGGUGUAUGUUGGUAUGCGCUACUGGCACCCAUUCACUGAAGAAGCGAUUGAACAGAUAAAAAGAGAUGGAAUCACAAAGCUGGUUGUCCUUCCGCUUUACCCACAGUUUUCAAUAUCAACUAGUGGUUCAAGCCUUCGACUCUUGGAGAGCAUAUUCCGGGAAGAUGAAUAUCUAGUAAACAUGCAGCACACAGUGAUUCCUUCUUGGUACCAGCGUGAAGGAUACAUCAAAGCUAUGGCAAAUUUAAUUGAAAAGGAAUUACAAAAAUUUGACCGUCCUGAACAGGUUGUGAUCUUUUUUAGUGCACAUGGUGUGCCACUUGCAUAUGUGGAAGAGGCUGGUGAUCCGUACAAGGCAGAAAUGGAGGAAUGCGUGGAUUUGAUAAUGGAGGAAUUAGAAAAUAGAAAGAUCAUAAAUUCAUACACUCUUGCUUAUCAGAGCAGAGUUGGACCUGUGGAAUGGUUGAAACCGUAUACUGACGAGACAAUCAUUGAGCUUGGGAAGAAAGGGGUGAAACAUCUUUUGGCUGUUCCAAUUAGCUUUGUUAGUGAGCAUAUUGAAACUUUGGAAGAAAUUGAUGUCGAGUACAAAGAGUUGGCUCUCAAGUCUGGUAUAGAAAAAUGGGGACGUGUUCCUGCACUAGGAUGUGAACCAACCUUCAUUUCAGAUUUGGCAGAUGCAGUGAUUGAGAGUCUUCCAUAUGUAGGAGCUAUGGCAGUCUCAAAUCUUGAAGCUCGACAGUGUAGAGGAGCUACUAGCAGUAUACGAUUCGAAACGAAGGGAGCUACCACCACCUGUGAUGGUAUGGGAAUGGGGUUGGACAAGAAGUGCAGAAACCUGGAACGGACGAGCAGCUAUGCUGGCAGUUCUCGUUCUAUUGGUUCUCGAAGUCACUACCGGGCAGGGGUUUUUGCACCAAUGGGGCAUAUUGCCAUUACAUUGAACAACAGUGCACAAGACCUUUCCCUACCUCUCUCAAACGAAAUAUGCCAGGUGUAA